GCCGGCGCCCUCGACCUGCGAUUGGUCAACCGCGCUCUCGCCGUCGCCGGACACGCCGGCCUCCCGGCCACGCUGCAGCUCAAGGCGCGUCUGUGCGUCGCCGUGCAACGUCUACAGGCCGGCCUGGCCAGCCGCGACGUCGGCCGACUCCACUCGCACGUCUUCCUCGGCCACGCCGCCGACGCCGGCGACGGCGCGUCGGCCAAGCUGACCGCCGACACGCCGUUGCGCACCGUCGCCGUCGACUUUGACGACCAGCUCUUCUCGUCGCUGGCGCCUGCCGCCUACACGACGACGCCAACGCCAACGUCGACGUCGACGUCGACGUUGACGUGUGGCUUCGAGGCGGCCGGCAACCCGCAGUCGGUGUUGCUGGUGCUGGUGCGCGCGUUGGCCAGUCCCGACGAGGUGCAGUUGACCGGCGGUCUGCGCUGGGGCGGUCUGCGCAAGCUGUUGCCGCGCCACGCCGCCAAGACGACCGAACACGCCUGCCUGGCCGACCUCGUUGCCGAGGCCUCGGCCUCGCCGUCCGCCUCGCCGCCCCUCGCGCCGCCCCUCGCCGACGCCUCGCUCGGCGCUCGUCUCUACCACCUGCUCCGUUUGUCGACGCUCGGCCACCAGCCGCUGCCGUCCGGCCUCUACCUCGUCUACCUGCAGCUACAAGCACGACUCAACCAGACGGCCAACCUCCUCGUCGCCCGCUCCCAACGACUCGCCAGCCCACAAACGCCAACUCCACACCCAACGCCGACGGCGACGGCGACGGCGACGGCGAGUGUUGUCGUGUUCGGCGUGCCGCCGGUGCAGCGAGUGCGUUCGCGCUGGCACGUCACCCGCGACGAGUGGUGCGGCCUGCGCCGCUUGGCCGCUUGUCCCGUCGAGGCGGCCGCGGCCGGUCGCCAACUGGCCCGGCUGCAGGCCGGCGUCUUUCGCGACCCUCGUUGCCACCGCCUCGCCGGGCAGGUCGCGGUUGCCUGGGGCCGACUGUCGCGCCGCCUCGACCUCGCCGAAGCGACGGCCCGCCAGUGCCGCCUCUUUCUCGCCGAGGUCGUCCAGUUGGCGCCGCGCCUCAACCUCAUCGUCGUCGCGCCGCCGCCCGGCGACGAGGUCCGCCUCCUCCCGCUCGACGCUCAACCGACGCCAACUCUGACGCCAACGGCGACGGCGACGGCGACGGCG